AUGGCAGAGUUUUUACACCAACCAUUUAGCAACUUUACCUUUAAUGGAAUGAAACUGGCAAGUAGAAGAGUUGGUGAUGUAAGAAAAGUAGCCAGUUUGAAACCAUUGCUGUGUGUGUUUACCGAGGAGGUUAACAGGAGAAUUGUAGUGGUGAAGAAUGGAAAAGAUACAUUAGAUAUGUGUAGGGUUGUGAAUGGGAUGUGGCAAACAAGUGGUGGUUGGGGCAAGAUUGAUCGUGAUAAUGCUGUUGAUGCUAUGCUCAAAUAUGCCGAUGCUGGAUUGACUACUUUUGAUAUGGCUGAUAUAUAUGGGCCUGCUGAAGAUCUCUACGGCAUUUUUAUCAACCGAGUUCGCAGAGAGCGUCCACCAGAAUUCUUGGAUAAGGUUAGAGGCCUUACUAAGUGGGUCCCAGCACCAGUUAAAAUGACCGGUAGCUAUGUCAGGCAGAACAUUGACAUUUCAAGGAAGAGGAUGGACGUGUCAUCCUUGGACAUGCUUCAGUUUCAUUGGUGGGACUAUUCUAAUCCUGGCUACCUUGAUGCACUUAAACACUUGAAUGACCUAAAAGAAGAAGGUAAAAUUAAGACUGUUGCUUUGACAAAUUUUGACACAGAGAGAUUACAAAUAAUUUUAGAAAAUGGAAUUCCUGUUGUCAGCAAUCAGGUGCAACAUUCACUUGUGGACAUGCGUCCUCAACAAAAAAUGGCAGAGCUUUGUCAGCUUACUGGAGUUAAACUUAUUACGUAUGGGACAGUAAUGGGUGGACUAUUAUCUGAGAAAUUCCUCGACACCAACUUAUCCAUUCCUUUUGCUGGCCCCCCAUUAAAUACUCCCUCCUUGCAGAAGUACAAAAGGAUGGUUGACGCUUGGGGAGGAUGGAGUCUGUUCCAAAGUCUGCUGCGAACACUUAAGACGAUAGCCUCUAAACAUGGGGUCUCCAUUCCAACGGUAGCUGUGAAAUACAUAUUAGAUCAGCCAGCAGUUGCAGGAUCCAUGGUAGGUGUUCGACUCGGUUUGUCUGAACACAUCAAUGACACCAAUGCCGUGUUUUCACUGGUCCUCGACGAGGAAGAUAUAAGCAGCAUACAAGAAGUUUCCAAAAAAGGGAAGGAUCUGUUACAAGUGAUUGGCGACUGCGGAGACGAGUACAGGCUCGAUGCACAACCAACUAUGGAUGAAACUAUAUUGGUUGGAGAUGAUCUAAUGACGGGGCCACCAUCCCCGCUCAUUCCAACAGAAAUCGCCUCUCACGUUCUUGAAGGUGUUGAUUUGUGUGAUGGGAUUUUAAGGAACCUAUUCUUAUGCUUGCAAAUCAAUGAUAUUGAGCCUUUCUGUCAAGACGAGCUCGCUUUGUAUCGACAAUGUGCUGAAAGGAGGGAUAAGGAACUAAGGCAACGCCUACAAGAUAGUGAGUGCAAAUUGGGGUCAUCAAUGCCUUUAGAUGAAGCAAAGGAAAGAGCUGCUCAACUUGAAUCGGAAGUCACAUCUUUAGAGAGGCGCUUGAUUCUUGCGAGUGGACUUGAAGGCAUUGAAGGAUUUCGCCAGAGGUGGAGCUUGCAUGGUCGUCUAACAGAUACAAAAAAAAGGUUGGAAUCUUUAACGCAGGGCAUCGAGAAUAGAAAGAACGAGGUGAAAAAGGAUGGACCGGCUCCAAGUUCAACAACCAAAAAAUGGUUUUUCUGGUGA